UACAGCAGCACAAACACGUGCACAGUUGAGCGCACGCCUGCAGGAGCAUGUUGCUGAUCGGUUGAAGCAGCUUGGGUUGUUGACAGCUCAAGGGACAACGCUGCUUGCUGUGUCGGGUGGUGUGGACAGCAUGGCGCUCGUGUCGCUGGUGAAGCACGCUCUGGGUGCUGAUCGCUUGCGUGCCGUCAUCGUGGACCAUCGGCUACGACACGAGAGCACAGAGGAGGCUCACCAGGUAGCCGCGUAUCUCCAAGGCCAAGGCGUUGCCGCGCACGUGGAGCACCUUGCCUGGAGAGUUAACGACAAGCACACUCAGGAGAUGGCGCGACACAAGCGCUAUCACGCCCUAGGUCAUGCUGCCACCACGCAUGGCUGCCGUCACAUCAUGACUGGGCAUCACGCAGAUGACGUGGCUGAGACGCUGGUGCUGCGGUGCCUGCGGCAGUCGUCGGUACACGGGCUGGCUGCCAUGCGUGAGGUGCAGCCGCUCUACUAUGCUCACGCCUUUGAGCCGCUGCUGCUGACCCGCCCCCUGCUGGCUGUGGGGAAACGCGAGCUGGAACUGUACUGCCGCGACAACGGCAUCUGGUGGGUGGAGGACCCCACCAACCGCGAUGCAACCAAGUACACGCGCAACAGCAUCCGCCACGCCCUGGCUGCCUUGCAGGAAGACGAGCAACAGGAGCACGGCGACAGACAGGAGGGCAACAGGGAGUGCGUGGGGGAAGCAGAGAAGGCAAAGGGUGCGGUGAGGGAACAACUACGCGAGCAGCCUGUAAUGGAGCAAAGCGGAGAGGACAUAACAAUGAACGGUCACCGCUACAACAGCAGUGGCGGCCGUCCUGCCCACACGCGUCGCGACCAGAACAGUAACAACAACAACAACAACAACAACAACAACAACAACAAAUACAACAACAAAUACAACAACAACAACAACAACAACAACAACAACAACAAAUACAACAACAACAACAACAAAUACAACAACAACAACAAUGACCAAACCCCUGCACACUGCAUUCGCGAGCGGCUGUUGGAGGCGUCUGCGUUUGUGACGGCGACGGUGCGCGCGUGGGAGGAAGCGACCGCCAACGCCAUGGUGGAGGUUGUCGACGUCACCCCACAUGGCGCAUGCCGCAUCCCGCGUCACGUCUUCCAAGCCAGCGGUCAUGGCGCACUGCCGGAACAGCUGCAGCACGCUGUUGUGCGGCGCGUGCUUGACAUCUCCUCCUUCCACACCCGCGCGCCGUCGGAGGCGGCCAUUGCCCGUGUGUUGGCCUGGCUCCGUCACCCGCACGCAGCCCAACAGCCCUGCAGUGUCCAUGGCGUGGAGGUGCGCAUGCACACGCACAAGACGCCUCACACGAAGCAGCAGCAACAACAACAACAACAACUUAAACAACAACAACACCAACAACAACAACAACUUAAACAACAACAACAAAAACAACAACAACUUAAACAACAACAACACCAACAACACCAACAACUUAAACAACUUGAACAACAACAACAACAAAAACAACAACAACACAUUGUGGUGUUUGAGCCGCAGCAUGUUCAGAGGCGACACUCAGGGCCGUUGUGGCAGCCAAUCACACAUGCAACGCGCGGGGUGUGGUGGCGGCAUCGCCUGUGGCUCGAGCCCGUCACACCCAUCAUCGGCUGCACUGCUACUGCUGCUACUGCUGGUGGUGGUGGUGGUGGUGGUAGUGGCAAUCACACCAGCACCAGCACCACCACCACCACCACCAGCGGUGCCAGCACCAGCGUGGAUGGCGACGUCAUAUCUGCCAGCGGUUGGAGUGAUGCCGGUGGCUGUGAGCCCACGCCGCUCGUGUGGCUGCGCCCAGCUCUGCCCAAAGAGCAACAGCGACAGCGUCAACGACAACAGCAGAGGCAAGAGCAAGGGCAGGAGCAUGAGGGGAGCAGCAGGCACGCUGUGUUUGCGCCUGCGCCCCGUGUUGCUGGGCAGGUUUUGUCAACCACGACCUUUCCUGCUGACUUGAUCGCCACGGACGAUGCACGGUACCUGCCUGUGAUUGAGGACAUGCGGCCGCUGCAUCUUCAGCGCCAAUACCCUGUUCAAUUCCGCUGUCGCUGGCGACCCAUCUACCUCGCACCGUGACAGUGUCUUGUGUACCUGUUGUUGUUGUUGUGUUCAUGUGCGCUGGGUUGUUGGACAGCGAUGAUUAGGGUUAGGGUUAGGGUUAGGGUUAACAAGGUGGCCCUUGUCUGCUUGUAGGAACGCACUGCAUCGCGUUACAGUUUGUUGUGCUGCCCCCUUGUCACUCCGUGACGUUUAUUGCG